UAUUCAAGAACUUUAUGAUGAAAUGACUGUUGUCUUAUCGUGUUUCCAGUCACCCCUAUGUCAGAGACGCAAAUUUCGGAACCUAUUCAUGAUGUUCCACCUGCUCGAGCUCAAUGGAUAUAUUCCUUUGGUU